AUGAGUUUGUUGCGGUUAUUUGCCUCUUGGUCUCGCGCACCUCUGCUGUUUGAUUUUUUUCGCAUCUACAUUCCUUCGAAAAAGUUUGAACAAGAAACUACUGUUUUGGGCGUCAUUUGUAACAGCUUGACUUCUAUGACUUUAUCAAGAUCUGACAAAGAUUGUAUUGUGGACGCAGUGCUUUCUCUUUUGACUAUGUCUGAUGACAGCGAUAGGAGGUUUCCAAAAAAUGUGCAUGCUGUAGACGUAAAGAUGGUUGAAGGCGUGAACUUUGGUACCGCGAUAGUGUUAGGGAAUCUUGAUGUUGUUCUAAAGUUCUUUCGUACAGCGCUUUCCCAGACUGACUUUAAAAAAAGGAUCAAUCUUGAUUACCUCGAGAUCAUUAAUAGGUUGGGAUCAUAUGUGAAAGAUAGCCAGUUAGCUCAGGACUUGAUGACCACGCUUCUCAAUUGUGUUGAGACUCUUAUCACCCGGGAGGAAGAAAGUUUGCAAGCGGUGCUGACAACUAUAUCACAUCUAGCCAUUGCCGUGACAGAUACGUCUGUGCUUUUUCGUCAUUUUACGCAGUUCCAAUCGACGAUUAAAUCCAAGGAUUCUCGGCUUGCAAUGGGUGGUGUUUUGGCCUCAAUUUCUCAAACCUUAAUUAGUAAUAACUCAUGUUUAGCAGACCUGCUGAACUAUAUAUCCGAGUUGGAUGCUUACCAGUUGAAAAAAAUUGACGAGCCUGAUUAUGAGAAACGUCAUGCUGCUUAUUUAAACAUAUCUAAGGUUCUAGGAGCUAAUGAUGCAAUUGACUCUUCUAUUCUCCAAAUGCUGGCUCAUAGUUAUUAUUAUCAUUUAGUUGAAUCAGAUGACUUAUCUUUACGUGGCAUGGCAUCGAGCGGUUUGCGCGGAUUGAUAGAAUAUGUGGGAAGCUGUUCAUUGAACGCAAAAGAGAAAACUGAGUUACUUGAGAGUUACUUAAUUGCCGUCGUCUUGAAAGGUUUAGUAUGUGAAAGCGAGCUUAUUCGCAUGGACUUUAUUUCUGCUCUUGUAACACUGAUAACCUCUUUCCCGUCGCAUAGCCAACUGUCGUAUCUCUCACAGUUGAGGAACUCAAAAGAGGUGGACCUUGAUUUUUUUGAAAAUUUAUCACAUAUUCAACUGCAUCGUCGACAAAGAGCUUUCAAGCGUCUAGCAGAUAAUUUAGAAUCUGGCAGCGUAUGUCGUUUAAUUGUGAAAAUGCCUGCAGCUGUUAUGCAACGUUUCUUACUUCCAUUGCUACAACCAUAUAUCAAGGAAAUAAAUAGCAAGAAUUCUGCUUUGACGGAUGAAGCAGUUCAUUUACUUAAGGCAAUCAUGUCUGUUGCGUCGUGGAAAAAGGUCAUUGUUGCUCUUAUAGAGGCAUUUCAUUUUGAUGUUAACGUUAAUAGUGGGAAUGAUACAUCAAAAGACGAAGCCGAGUUAAAUGAGAAUGAAAAUUUAGUUGAAUCACUGCCUCAGAUUACUGACCAGGACAGGAUACGUGCUAACGUUGUUGUGGUUAGUAAUGCCAAGAACAGAGUUCGUUCUAAAGUUAUCAGCGCAUUGCUGCCAAAAUUGAAGGAUUGCGCCGUUGGAAAGGAUAUAAUAACUCAUCGCCGAGUACACGUCGAAAAAUCGUAUGAUGAAAAUGAAAUUCUUCAAAGGGCACCCAUAACUUUAGCAACCGUCAAACUUCUACAGAAGAUGCCACAGGAAUUAAUGGAUCAACAUUUACAUGGUGUUGUCCUGAAAUUGUGCGAACUUUUAAUGUCUCGCUCUAUAAAUGUGCGGAAAGUUGCCCGUAAGACUAUUAUUGAGGUUGUUAGUGCGCUUGGACCAAAGUAUCUUCCCUUUAUUGUUAAAGAAAUGAAAAACAGUUCACUUCGUGGUUAUCAGAUUCAUGUAAUGAUCUACUCGACACAUGCGAUUAUUUUUGCAAUGCAAGAACGACUUAGUACUGGAGAUUUAGACCCUUGUCUUAAAGAAAUAACUGAAAUAUGCAAAAUGGAUCUCUUCAGCGACGUCUCUGAAAAAAAAGAGCUUGGUGUUAUAAUAAAGGAUGUUCCCGAAGCCAAAGGUCUUAGGACUUUUGAUACGUAUAGUUUUCUUGGCCGUUUUGUCAGUGUGCAAGCUCUUGGUUUACCAGUUUCUUGUUUAAAGGAGGUGGUUUUUGAUUUUGUUAUCGAUUCUCACCCAAACGCUAAAACAAUGAAAAAUGUAGAGCGGAUGCUAAAGAAUUAUUCGGUUGGGCUGGCUCUUAAUACGGGUGUCAGCUCUUUGGAAAAACUGGCAUUUUCAUAUCAUAUGAUAAAAGAUCAUAUAGAUGAAGUGAUUAGUUUUGAUGCUGCAAAAAAGGAAAAUUCUACUACGGAAGGUCAUGGUAGACAACAAAGCUGCCUGAUACUUGAGAAGGAGCCAGGGAGAGUUGGUAUGAUAACUGCAAAGACAUCUAUGAAAAGUCGCAUGUUUGUUUUUGUCGAAUUUGGUCUUCAAAUCUUGACCUCUUGUUUGAAAAUGGGAAAGUUUGAUGUUGAAACCACUGAAGAUAUAAGUCAGUUGGAUCCAUUCGUGCCUCUUAUUGCUCAGUGUUUGGGGCUGAAGUAUGACAGGAUUGUUUGUAAUGCCAUGCGAUCUCUUCUGUUUCUGCUGAAGUUUCCAUUACCGUCUCUUAAAUCUCAAAUGCAGUCUUUUGUUGACCGCUUAUUUAUCCUCCUGGCGGACUACGCAGAUCUAGGUUUUGCGGGAAACAAAGGAGUUGUGCUUGAACUGAGCCAGCUAAUCUUUAAAGCAUUUACAAAAGUUAUAAAAGGUGCCCCACAUUUGACCCUGACGUCGAAACGUUUGCAACUUUUGUUGGCUUACGUGGAAACUGAUAUCAUGGAUUCACAUAAACAAGCGACUGCAUUUUCCUUAAUCAAAGCUAUUAUAGGAAGAAAGUUUCAGGACGAGAAAAUAAACAAUUUCAUUAAAUACCUUUCGGAAGUUGCUGUGACGUCUGAAUUGGCAUAUAUACGAAUUCAGUGCCGCCAGGUUAUUGCUCUUUUCCUCGGAAAUCAUCCUCAGUGCAAGAAACCUGGAAGCUAUGUUGAAUUUUUUUUGAAUCAACUGGAAUACGAACAUGAAAAUGGUCGCAUUUCGGCAAUUGAGAUGCUCAAUACUGUGUUCACUACUUUUACUGAGAGCGUUAAUGAUCAGUACUGUAUGGUUGCUUUUGUGAAAAUGGCUGUAAGAUUGGUGAACGAUGACAGUCCUAAAUGUCGGCGUUUAGUAGCGCUGGCGAUUCGGAACUUGUUUUCUUCAGUAUCAGAAGCUAAACUGAAUGACAUUUACCUGUCGGUUCGAGACUGGUUAGAGAGUAAAAAGGAACAAAAUAGACGAAUCGCUGCACUAAUCAUUAUUGAAAUGGGGGAAGCAAUGACGGGGAAAAUUUCAGGGAAUUUUUCGGAUUUAUUUUCUAUUUUCCGGAAUAUUUUUGAAUCUAGAGCGCUAGCCAAUUAUUCUGAAGACACAGUAAUUGCGAUUAUCAAUUCAUUUACAGCAUUUUUGAAAACGUGUCAGGAUCCUUCGAAAACUGCCAUACAAGAAGGUCUUCUAAAUGAAGUUCUUUAUAAUUUGGAAAACUAUGUGAAGUAUUUUGGUUCUAAUGCAGUUCAACUUUCAUCGUCAAUGCUACUUGGACAAAUAUUUUCCGUUGUUAGUUCAUCGCUGUUCUCAGACUUUUUUCCUGCUCCUGAGAAACUGGUACAGUGGAUGUGUUGGCAACUCAAAGGCACUAACUUAACUGCUGAAAUAGCUGAACAGGCAUCGAAAAACAUUGUGUAUUUGUCUGGCGUUCACGUAGCCGAAAAUACUGUGAAAUCUGUUUGCGUGAAACUGAGGAGUGUCUGCAAGUUUGAGGUUGUAAAGUUUCCGAAAGAACAUCUGCGGAGGUCAUGUGUUUUCAAAAUUUUUGCUGCACUCGUAUUAAGGGUUGAGGGUGAAGAUUUGGACGACAUUUUCAAUAUUCUUCUUCCCUAUCUUUAUCGAGAAUUGGGACUGAAAAAUCCCGCUACCGGCGAUGAUGGGUUUCAGAAUUUGAUCAGGGAAGUUGAGAAAGUUAUAAUAGAGAAAGUUGGACUUGAAAGCUACAGCAAAAAGCUUACAGAAGUUCAGAUAGCCGCAGCAAGAAAAGCAGAAACGCGUAAAAUGUUUAGAAAACAAGAAGCUGUUGUUGAUCCUUCUAUGGCUGCCCUGAAAAAACAGAGGAAGAACCGGAGAAAGAUUACUGCCAGGAAACGAAAACUUCAGAGUAUGAAGCCAUAUAGGGCAGUAAAGUCAAAAAGAUCGAUUGGUGACGCAGAAUAGUU